CGACAGUCUCUUCUCAGCGACACAACAGCCCAGCCCAGAAAGGAGCCGACAUGCGACACACAUACACUGCCUCUACCACGUUUCAACUGCUGAAUAGCCUACUUGAACCAACACAAUCAUCUUUUACGGUACCUCACUCACUAUAGCGUAGUGCUUAUCAUUCCUCCUUUGGGACUGGCAGGUGACCCCCAGCAAAAUCUCAUUCCUCUUUUGCCCCUCGGAGGCAAAUUCUCAAGAACAACUAAACCCUUCGAAUCUGCACUCGUUUUUGACAGCGAAAUUCUCAUGAGCAGCUCAAAUAAACCCACACGAGCACAAGAACACCAAAAGUCUAAUCGACAGUUGCUCCCCAGAAAGUCUCAAAACACAGAUCAUGAGCCGCAAUACACGCCCCUCGAUGUCUCCGACAUACCCAGGGCAGCCUUGACAUCAGUCGCGUGCAACAACUGCCGCGUCCGGAAAUCAAAGUGUGAUGGUCGUAAACCAACAUGUUCAGCCUGUGCGAGCCGAAGACAGCAAUGUAUAUAUCGUGCCGAGGUCUCUCAUGAGAAGAUGGUAGAGCUGAGAAAGGGCUCUAAAGAUCUCUUUCAGGCCCUGGAGCUCUUGAGGACUGCCCCGGAUGAACAAGCUUUAUCUGUGCUGGAGAGAUUGCGCAGCAGCGGCUCUGUAUCGGAGUUCUUGCAGGUUCUCGACUCGGGCGUCAUGAAACCACCUUCACCAAUCAACCCCUUAGACACCAGUCUCGUGGGAACUUCGGCUAGCUCUACAAUAGAGCUGGACCUCAACAUGCGUUAUUCUAGCGUCUUUCCGACUUUAGAAACUCUUGAUAUCAAGGAUGUAGAUCUUGGUCUACUGGCAGUUAACAAACGAGCCCUGGCAUCUUCAAAUCAACAAGCGGCAGCACCUUUGACACCAUUCACACCAAUAGAAUUCGGCCAGAGUUCAGAAACACCGACGACUUCUGAAUCGUUUUCGACGCCAAGCGAUACCACUGGAGAUACUGGCGUUGACCCUCGGCUAGAGUCUCUUCAAAUAUGGCAGUGGACUUCCGUACCUGUACCCGAAAACCUCGCCGCGCAAGCCAUAUCUUUCUAUCUAGUCAACGAACACCCUCUACUAGCAUUAUUCGACGCCGAUCUAUUUAUUCGCGACUUUGUGGCAGGCGGAGGCCGCUUCUGCUCACAACUCCUCGUCAGCUCACUUCUUGCCUGGGCUUGUGCUUCAUACUCUCAGUUUGAGCCACGAGCUCAAACGCUCUCUCUUGCGUUUCUAAGAGAGGCCAAGAGGCGAUGGAAGGAUUUAACAGACCAUACUGCCAUCACCACGUUAUCUUCAGCAAUGCUUCUUGUCAUUACUUGCAACCAGCAUGGGCAGGACAAAGUUGGUCUUUUCUAUCUCGACGCCAGUGUACAAAUAGGUCGUCGACUUGGUCUGUUCGGCGAUGAGGAAACAUCGGUGCCCAACUUCAACGAUGACGACGAAUUACGGACAGCAGCAUCAUUUGCUGCUUGGGGAACCUUUGGCUGGCACAGUCUACAUUGUAUCAAUUUUCGAGCGAAGCACCGAAUAAGACAUCCGCCAUCUUUACCUAUACCAGGGGAUGUGUCUGGGCCGCCUCUAAAUGAGUAUAUGGGCAGCACGUUUACGUGGAUAUCCAAGUUCUGGGUCAUCAUACGCCAGACAUUUCGAGAAGGUUAUAACCACUUCAGCCGUCUGCCUAUGUCACAUGCGCACCAGAUGUAUCAGCUGCUGCUUGACUGGGCUAGUAACCUUCCAGAGGACGUACAGAGGAGUGAAAACUGUCCCCAUCAUGUUCUAGUACUACACAUUUGGUACCAGACAGCAAUAAUAGACAUAUGGCGCCCAUUUCUCCGACGUCAAAGCCAUGAAGAAGCUGGGGAAAGCGAGCUUGCCACUGCGACGCACGAAGCAUCCGUCCAUCAACUCAAACGACUUGUAUAUCUAUACCGGAAACGAUUUGAGUCAACCAAUCUCACCAUGUUCAUCACUCCCGGAUUUCUCACCCUCAUCAACGAAGUAUUUCGAAACCCCAGUACAUCCGACGCUCAGUUUUACUUCAUCUUGGCGGCGCGGGGAUGCCUAUCGAUAGCAUCUUGGUGCAAGGGGCUCCGAGGUAUUACAGAAGGCUUGAUGACGAUAGGUUGGCAAAACGGAACCUUCAAACGUGAAGGAUGGACAAACAACAGCAUGAUUGAGGACAUCAGAGCUACAACACGGGAGCUCAACCAAGAGGGCACAUAUAGCAGUCUUUACCCAAUCAACCUCGAUUCAACGAGCGAGAGCAUGGACGACAUCGGCAUGGAAGCCUUGGCGGGCGAAUUUCAGAGACUGAGUUCACAAAAUGAGCCUACGCGUGGGAAAGAAGUCGAGAUGACGAGUGAGCCAAACGUCUGGAAGGGAGAUCAACGAGAUCUUGAUUUGACGUUGACUGAGGCGACGGAAGAAGAGAAAUACACUUAGUAACGCCAUUGUAUGAUUUUUAAUUGAGCAUAUGAACUAAUGAAGAAGCGUUGACGAGCUGGAUAAUGGCCACUGCUUAUGGCGAACAUAGACUGGCUCGUCUGUAUAAUCCUGUAUGCAGUUUAGAAGAUACCUGAUAUUAGUCAAGGAAGAGCGA